GGCGUGGCUUUUGUGGUGUUUCUGCUCGGAGCAAAGUGCAAGGGUUAUGGCAUGAAAAUUGCCAUCGAAACACCACUGUCGCUCUUCAUUUCAACCGUUCAUCGGCAAGCGUGAGGAUGUCUGAAACCAAGAAAGUGUGCAUCGUCGGCUCAGGCAACUGGGGCUCUGCCAUCGCCAAAAUUGUGGGCAACAAUGUGCAGAAGCAUGCAUACUUGGACAACCGAGUGACCAUGCAUGUGCACGAGGAGAUAAUCGAUGGCAAAAAGUUGACCGAGAUCAUCAACGAGACGCAUGAGAAUGUCAAGUACCUGCCCGGCCACAAGCUGCCUGCCAAUGUGAUCGCAAUUCCCGACAUUGUCGAAGCGGCGAAAGAUGCCGAUGUCCUUAUUUUUGUCGUGCCCCACCAGUUUGUCGGUGGCCUUUGCAAAGCCAUGGUGGGCAACAUCAAGUCAACGGCCGUCGGCCUCUCCCUGAUCAAGGGCUUUGACAAAGCUGAAGGUGGCGGCAUCCAGCUUAUUUCGGGGAUCAUCCAGAACUUGCUGAGCAUUCCCGUCAGCGUGCUCAUGGGAGCCAACUUGGCCCCUGAGGUUGCCAACGAGAUGUUCUGUGAAACCACCAUUGGCUGCAAGGACAAAGUAGCUGGUGCCCUGUUCAGGGACAUCAUCCAGACUGAUUACUUCCGGGUAGUCGUUGUUGACGACGUUGAGACAGUGGAGGUGUGCGGCGCCCUUAAGAACAUUGUUGCCUGCGGUGCUGGAUUUGUUGACGGGCUCGGACUGGGCGACAACACCAAGGCAGCUGUCAUUCGACUUGGCCUGAUGGAAAUGAUCAAGUUUGCUGAAGUCUUUUACCCUGGCUCGAAGUUGGCCACCUUCUUCGAAAGCUGCGGAGUUGCUGACUUGAUCACCACCUGCUACGGAGGCAGAAAUAGGAAAGUCUCUGAAGCAUUUGUUCGCACAAAAAAGACCAUCAAAGAACUGGAAGAUGAAAUGUUGAAUGGCCAGAAACUUCAGGGUCCAUUCACUGCCGAGGAGGUCAACUACAUGCUGAAAUCCAAAGGAAUGGAGGACAGGUUCCCACUCUUCACUGCCAUUCACAAAAUCUGCAUCGGUGAACUUCCUCCUGAACAAAUGGUGGAUUGCAUUCGUCAGCACCCAGAGCACAUGAUGUAUUAGUGUGACCAAAUCACACUAUAGUAGCUAAAGUAGGUCAUAUUUUGAGUGAAGAUUAUAGAAUAAAUUAAACCACCGAGUUGGAUUAGCAAGAAUCUCAACCGCAAAUUACUCCCAAAAAAGCAACUCGAUGUUGAAAUCGGGGCUUUCGAAAAUUACAAAACGGUUACCGCACCCAAUUAUUACAAUAUAUCCCGUUUGUUGAUUAGAUGGAAGAGUGUUCUGAUGUUCAAAUUGCGCCUAAGUUAUUUUAAAACACUUUUAAGAUGCUGGCGAUUGCGCUGUAUGUCACGUUAAAAAGACGAAUCAAUAGCUAAAAUGCUGCCAUACAUCCAAUUUCCAAUUCUUAAACUCGAACAAACAGCUUCUGAGAAGUUUUUUAUCUGUACUUAUUGUCGAAAAAAUCGCAGAAAAUGUUGCUAGUUUUGAAUUUUGAGCUGUGAAGAGGUGUUGAUCUUACAAUAUAUUUUCAACGUAGCUUGUUGAUAUUCUAAAAUCUAACGUACAUAUAAACAAAAACGGCAACAGAUUUUAAACCGCCAGCUUGUUUAAAUGUUUUGCUUUAUAUUGCUGGAAAUGACUCGACACAAUUUAGAUGGAAACAAUUAUUAAGAUUGCUCCUAUGACAGGUUGGUAAAAUGCCACCUUUGACCGGCGUUGCAACCAACGUACAAGGAGGUGUUAUGAUUUCUCUCACACACAACUUUGGAUUCUGGUCUGUAUUCCUAUUUUGCAGUGCGCAUUCCGUGGUGCUCAGUCAUUUUAUUCUCUCACUUUGGUGCAAAUGUUGUUGAUUUAAGUUCGUCAAAUGAAUGAUUACUUCUUAUGUUGCCAAAGUUUCUUGUUUUUUGUUAAAAUAAAAUUAUAUUGUUGGAAGUGUUUUGAUAUUUUAAACAAUAACUACUAACUACUCCUUUCAAAUAUUUUCAAAGUGAAAAUGUGCAAUGCACUUUAAUUUACAUAUUGCCACAAGAAUGUUCAGAAUCAGUCAAAAUCAAAUCAAAUUGAAUCACAGUGCACCAACUUACAUCACACCAGUGCAGCGUGCUGUAGAUUUCUCACAAAAAUUGCCUAAGUAGGCUUCAAACCCACUUAAUCCUAAUAUUAUUAUAAACUAUAAUAAAAUCAGAUCAUAUGGCACAAAAAUAACAAAAAAUUGCUUAGAGCAAUAUAAAUACUACAGGGUAAAAUACAGCACUCUUUAACAGAAAAAAUAUAAAAUUUAACCAAAAACACAGCCGUGAAAUAAAAUUAGCAAUAAACACUUCGUAACUUAAAAAUUUAACAAGCAUUUCAAAUAUUGUCGAUGUACAAAUUAAUUUUGAACAGAGUGUCCCUUUUUGCCAAAUUCUGCCGAAUAAUUUUCUCGAACUUGUCUCUAAUUGGAUUGAACUCCAUUAUGUCCCUCGGCUUCUCCUCCAUCCAGAACUUGUCAAACUCGUAGAAAAGGUAGCAAUACAACUGGUGAAAGAGACGCAUGUUAGGUAGACUGUAGCCUAUGUUGAAAAUGUGGGUCUUGGCGGAGCCGUCUUUAAGCAUGUGGUAAGCCAUGCUGGUCAAGUUUAUGCCGACUAUUGAAAAGCAAUAACCGUAGCUGAAAUUGCAUUCAACAAAUUACUAAAAGAUUGUAAUGAAUUUUCCUGCAAAUCUUACUUUGGGUGGUGGGAAUGAGAAAGCACCUGGCGAGCAGCCUUACUGUAGUCGGUGGCAAAAAACAGAAGAUUCUCAAGGCCCAGCAUGCCCAUUCCUCGGAAAUCGGUUUUGGGAUCGUCCCCCUGUAAAAAAUACAACAUAUUCAAUGGAAGCUUUGUCGAAAAGUUCCAGAUCGUAUGCCUGAAAUCCAAUGUCCUGCCACUGCUUGGUGACCCUGGACUCGAGCGGCGUGUCUGGCAUCAGAGCCUCCCACAGUUUCUUCAACUUGGCUUCGUGUUCUGCAUUUUCCGCAUCAUACUGCUGCAGACGAAGGGUCUCGACGUCCCUUUUCAAAGUCUCGUAUCCAUGCAACUGCUCUAUGCACCGAGAAAAAGAAGGUGCAAACUGGGGAUGAAUUUGGGGGUGGAUUUUCUUGAGGACGAGCACCGUGUAGACAGAGUAGUGAACAAAAUCUCUCCGUAAGAUGACUUCUUUGUGCACCUGUCGUUCAUAAAAAUAAGGAGGAAAUAAUUAAUUUUCUGAAAUGUUGGAGUUGAAAAAAAUAUUUAAAUACAUAUUGUGUACAUUAAAAAAUUAUUAAAAAAAAAAUUAUCUUACAUUAUCGAGCAUAUUGACAAGGGCUCUGAUUUCUGGACGUCUUGAAAGACGAAGGGACGUUUCCACGUUGAGGGUGCGAUCAGCACCCUGUAUGUCGCCAUAGCAAAUCCUCUGAAGUUCACAAAGCUUGGUGCUCUUCCUCAGAAACCACUUAAUCAGCGGCCGGAAAUACCAUAGCAACCAGGGCCGCAGCCAGUUAACAAUAUAGUCCCACAAAAACAUCACAAUCUCUUCGAG